AUGGUCGUAUACACCAACUCGCCGAAAGUCAUCGAGGGCCGCCGCGGCGUGCUGGAAUUCCUGCUCAUCAACCACCCGCUCGACUGUCCCAUCUGCGACCAGGCCGGCGAGUGCGGCUUGCAGGACUACUACAUGUCAUACGGCCUGUACCAGAGCCGUUUCCAGGAAGAAAAGGUGCACGGCCGCAAGGUGGUCGAUUUCGGCCCCGACGUCGUCUUCGACUCCGAGCGCUGCAUCCUGUGCACCCGCUGUGUGCGCUUCUGCGACGAGGUGACGCACACCAACGAGCUCGGCAUCUUCGAGCGCGGCGACACCGCCCAGAUCGCUCCACGUUUCCCGGCAAGCAACUGGACAACCCGUACGCCGGAAACGCCGUCGGUAUGCCCGGGCUGCUCGCGCGGCUGCAACAUCAACGUGCACCACCACGACGGCCGGGUGUACCGCCUGAAACCACGCCGCAACGAUGAAGUCAAUGACACCUGGAUGUGCGACGCCGGACGCUUCGGAUACAAGUCACUACACGAAAAUCGGCUGCUGGAAGCCGCCGUGCGGGACGAAACGGGCGAGUUGGCCCCAGCCCCAAUGCAAGAAGCUCUGGCGCACGCCGCUGACCUGCUGCGCGAUCGCAAUCCGGCCGCCAUUGCGGUGCUCGCCGCUCCGCAAGGCACCAAUGAGGACUGCUAUCUGUUGGCCAGACUGACCGCCGAGGUGCUGCCCGGAUGUGGGGUCACCGUGACCGCCGGUGAGUCGGGGGAUGAGGACGAUUUUCUGCUGCGCGCCGACAAGAACCCCAAUACCCGUGGCGCCCAGGACAUGGGCCUGCCGACCCCCGCAUCCCCGGACGAUCUGGCGCAACUGGCCGCCGCCAUUGAAGCCGGCGAAAUCGAAAUGUUGAUGGCCGUCGACGUUGAUCUCAAGGCCGUCUUUGGAGCCGAGACCUUCGCGCGCCUGGCGGCAAAAUUACAGGCUUUGAUCGUACAGGGAUCUGCCAUGCACCCAGGUAGCGAGGCGGCGCAGGUGCUGCUACCGUCAGCCGCAUACGUCGAACGCCACGGCACCUUCACCAAUUUUCAGGGCCGGAUUCAGCGCAUCAACGCCGCCUUUGCACCGCCGGGCGCCUCCCAACCGGCGUGGCGCAUAUACAGACGGCUUGCCAAUCUGCUCGGCGCCGACUGGAAUUACCCGAAUCACGAAGCGGUUUGGGGAGACAUCGCCGACACCGUUCCCGGUUACGGUGUCGAUUACGCCGCCAUCGGCGAACAGGGUUGCCUUAUUUCCAGCGAGAGUUGA